CCGUCCCGUCCCCCCGCCGCCUCCUUCUCCUCCUCCUCGUCCUCCACCUGCUGCCGCUGCGCCAGUAGCCGGCUGGGGGGAGCCGCCUCACACCCCGCGGGGCCCCUUUGUGUUGCUCCGGAGCUUCCCCGGCUGCGCCAGGGCCCCGCAGCCUCUCUCUCUCGCUCUCUGCCCGCCGAGGGAGAGCCGCCGCCGAGCCGCCCGCUCCGCCAUUGCAGCGCGGGGCCGCGGCGGAACGACGCCUCGCCGCCCGCCGAGGAAGGGCCGGCAGCCGCGGCGAAAAUCCUGCUUUCCUGGAAGAAUGGUGAAACUGGGGAAUAAUUUCAGCGAGAAGAGCACAAAGCAGCCCCUUCUGGAGGAUGGAUUUGACACCAUCCCCCUGAUCACACCCCUGGAUGUCAAUCAGCUCCAGUUCCCACCUCCUGACAAGGUUGUGGUCAAAACGAAAACAGAAUAUGAACCUGAUCGCAAGAAGGGAAAAUUCCGUACUCCUAAGAUAGCUGAGUUCACAAUCAGCAUCACUGAAGGGGUUUCAGAAAGAUUUAAGGUAACUGUGCUGGUCCUUUUCGCCCUUGCGUUCUUAACAUGUGUUGUAUUUCUGGUAGUCUACAAGGUUUACAAGUAUGAUCAUACCUGUCCAGAAGGAUUUGUUUUCAAGAAUAAUCAAUGCAUUCCAGCUGGGUUGGAAAACUACUACUCUGAACAAGACUCCAGUGCUCGAGGGAAAUUUUACACAGUCAUAAACCACUACAAUCUGGCCAAACAAACCAUCACACGCUCAGUGUCCCCAUGGAUGACAGUACUGUCAGAAGAGAAAUUAUCUGAACAGGAGACUGAAGCUGCUGAGAAAUCAGCUUAGUAUGAUAAGCUAAUUAUUAACACUAUGUCAUUUGAAGGUAACUAAGGGACUUUAAGGAACUUUUCAUUAAAUAUAAUUACGGAUAAUUUAGAGGUUACUCAUGUUUAUGGUGCAAUUGCUUCUGUUUGCUGAUACUGCUUUGCAAAAACAAAACAAAAACUUGCUGCAGAACAUUCAUGGGCAUAAAACAAGAUGCAUAUCAGCAUUGCUUUAGAGCUUUGACACCAUUUUCAAUGUUAAAAAAACCAAAACUGUUAGAUAUGUUCUUGCAGUUUAUUGGAUACUGACAGAUUUCUUCACUGGAUUUUCAGGGCUUGGACCUUAAAUCAUGUAUUCUGUUGUCUGAACUGAUACUUUAUUUAUGAAUUUUCUAUUGUUAGUCAUUUUGCAAACCGAAACACCACAGCCAUAACUAGAGUGAUCUCUUGUUUAGCUGAGAGCUGUAUUUAGUAUUUAGUUUUGGCUCAAGCAAAAGUGAUAAUCAGCACUGAUAUCAAGGGCAUAAUGUAAUGACUUGUAUGGAGAAAGGAAAAAAAAACAAACUGUCAGGUAGCAUUUUUCUUACAUUUUCUUUACUGUUAUUUAUUUGUAAGUGAUAAUGAAGUUCUCUGCAACAAGGCAUGCUCAAUGUUUUAUUAUUGCUGUCAACAGGAUUUAACUGCAUUUCCACUGUGGCUUUAGCAUCUUGGUAAGGAUAUGCACUGAAACACAAACUAGAUAGGCACUAUGGAAAACCACAGACAACUCUAGUGAUGGAUGGUGAGGAUAGUGUAAAAAAGUAAAUAUAUGGUUAAGGAUGUUCAAAAGAGAAAUGACAUCUUUUGAUCAUACUUAAGAGGUAGAAAGCCUAUUCACAGUAGAUGUAGUCCGCUAUGUAAUUUGUUGGAUACAAUGGGGGAGUGGUAUGUCUAAAUUUUCUUUUAUGACAUUAACAUUUUCCCUUUUUAUAAAUUAGAGCUUUCAGUUUAUGUAUGGUUUGCAAUUCAAUGCUUUUUAAAACAGAAAGCAUCACAAGUGAAGCAGUAGCAUCUUAGAUAACACAACUGGCUGUCUGAAAGCUACAUGUGAAACUGAGUGAAGAGUAGAACUGUUUAUGUAUGGCUUGGGAUGGGAAAAGAUGUAGAAGAUCAUAGUAUUGUGGAUGCACGUUAAAGUUCCAUUGUAAUUACAAACUUAUCUAUUCUUUGUGUGAAACCAUGUUUUCAUUUUUAUUAUAAAUCUUAAAUAUAUUACAAAAGAAGACAUCGUUAAUUUAAUAGACAAGGGUGUGAAGUACCUGGGUAAGCAAGUAACCUUACUUAAAUGCAACAACUUAUAGUGGACAUGUCAAAAGUUCGUUUUCUGUAGAGACCACACAGAAACAGAGGAAAAACAUCAAGAUCUGUAGCAGAACAAACAUAGUCAGCUCCACUUUUACUCUUCUCCAGUAGAAUUACAUUAUCAUCCACUUUUUUUUAAGCAAUACAGUAAAAAUAACCAUUAUUACUUAGUUCUAUAGAUUUGAUAUGAAGUAUGCAAGUGAUAUCUGUAAAAGAAUUUUUAUUAAGUCAGGGUAUGUGGAAUGCAUAAAAGCAAUAAGUUACGUGCCAAAGUUUCCUUCACAUUUCAAAACUACAGGCCACAUAUUCACAUACCCAAAACUACGUGUUUGUAUUUUCUUGUAGGCAGAUGCUCUAUUGGAUGUAAUAUCUAACUUUUGACAUUUUCACUCUGUGCAGAGUAAAGAAUGAUACAGCUUGUUGCAUAUAAUGUAUAGGUAUACACAAGUCAGAAGAGAGAUAGCAAAACACAUUUAUCACCGUAUUUUUUUACGGAGGCCAUUCAGAUUUUACAAGAUAAAAAAGAUCUCUUUCCCAAGACUGUCCUACAUAGAAAUGAUUCAUGAUACAUCUUCCUCCCCUUAAAUAUAGCACAAUAAACAGCUUCAAUGCAC